AAAUUAGAGUGCUAUGAGAAUAGAUACACCACUGAGAUUUCUAAUCAAACUGUGAUUUUGGAGAAUGGACUAAACAGCCAAUUAUAGACUAUAUAUAUGCACUUGAUAUAUUGAUGAAAAUCAUAAGGUGUAAACAAUCAUUCAUAUACAUUUUCACUGUCAAAUAUGGGUGAACUAGGUCCAUAUUUGGCUGUGUUUAUAAUACAAUUAAUAUAUUCUGGGAUGACUUUGUUAUCCAAAGCUGUGUUUAACGGAGGAAUGAAAACAUAUGUGUUUGUUUUUUAUAGACAACUGAUUGGAGCCAUUAUCAUGGUCCCUUUAGCUUUAAUAUUUGAAAGGAAACAAGCCGUGCCAGUAACAUUCUCAUUUAUGACCAUCUUCAAGAUUUUUAUGCUUUCAUUAUUGGGACUUACUUUAACUCUGAAUGUGCAUGGUGUUGCUCUUUCUUAUACUUCUGCUAUGCUGUCUGGUGCAAUUGUUAAUUGUCUUCCGGCUUCGACAUUCUUCUUUGCUGUUCUGCUCAGAGUGGAGAAGGUAAAUAUAAGGACAAAAUCUGGAAUUUCAAAGAUAGGGAGUGUUUUAUUGUGCAUGGCCGGUGUAGCGAUUCUGGCCUUUUACAAGGGACCCCAAUUGCGAAUUGCACGUCACCUCCCAUCUGGAUAUCAUCACAACUAUCAACAACAUGAAGAUAGUGAAUCAUAUGACAAAAAAUGGAUUUUGGGUUCUUUACUCUUGUUCCUAACUACCAUUACCUGGAGUUUGUGGAUUGUACUUCAGGCUCAGUUGCUUAAAACUUACCCUUCAAAGCUAAGGUUCAUGAGCAUUCAAAGCCUAUCAAGUGCAAUUCAGUCAUUUGUCAUUGCUAUAGCUUUUGAAAGAGAUAUUGAGCAGUGGAAGUUGGGUUGGAACAUGAGACUGCUAGCCGUUGUUUACUGUGGGACACUAGUGACUGCAGUUGCCUACUACUUGCAAGCAUUGGUGAUUGAGAAGAAAGGACCAGUUUUCCCAGCAACUUGGACCCCAAUGAGUUUUAUAAUUGCCACAAUCGGUUCUGUCUUGCUCUUGGGCGAGCCACUAUGUUUAGGAAGUGUUUUUGGUGGGAUUUUGCUUGUUUUAAGUCUGUACUCUGUUUUGUGGGCAAAAAGCAAAGAAGGAAUCACACAAAAUUCUUUACCUAUUAUUCAAGAUCAUAAAGAGUGUGCAAAUCAGGUGAAAACAGAGGUCCCAUGUAUCAAACCACCGCAAUGACCGUAUAUAGUUUUUCCUUUUCUAUUUAUUCUCCUCUGGAGCCAAAAUAUAUGUAUCAAGCAAAGCUUUUUUUGUUGUUUUACUGAUCUACACAGAUUGCAGUUGCAUUUCAAAUUUGUCUUAGAUUAAAUUGGCAAAAAGAUAUUGCUUUGGAUUAUGGUUUAUUUUAUGUUUUUACUUACUUAAAGGAACUGAUAUUGUAGAGUCCA